AUGUCCAAUUAUAACAGCAUCGUCUCUAACCCGCUGGCAACCCGCUACAUUGCCAAAUUCAUGCACCAAACCGAAGAGUCCGAGGCUGAAUUAGGAGACCUUGAGGUCAUGGAGCAGAGUCCCGAAGACGAUGGGCACUCACCAAUGCUUGCCAACACCGUCGAGGGUGGAGAGAACCUCGAUGAGCUAGUCGAAUACACGCUGCCUGACUGGGCGAUCCUUGAACGGCCUGAAAUAACAAUGAACAGCAAUCGAGGCUGA